CCGUUCUUCAGAAGCUCAUUAAGGGCCUCCAGGACAGCACAUCAAUUGGCAGGGCCCUCCAGUUUCCUCUCGGCCUGUUUAAGCCUCUCUCCCCGGAUUCAGCCCACUUGUGGGCCGACUGAAGGACAGAAAUAGACUCCAUCUAGAGCUGGAAGAUGUGGCGCUGUGAAGUGACACAGGCAACUUAUUAAAACAGCAGGAAAGGGCCUUGGAUUUGAGCCAAAUAGGAUCUCACCCUGUUGAGCUUUGUCCGGAUCUGGAUUCACUUUCUGAGAUGCUGCUCCUGCUUCCGCCUCUGUGUCUGGUGAAGGACUUAAGUUUGUCCUGAAACCUGUGAUUGGCGUCACUUCUUGUGCUUGACUGAGAAGCAGACGCAUAAAAGUGACAUAUUCUCUAUGAGGCUGCAGUUGGAGGAUGGAUGUGGAGCUGCCAGGCCGCUUAGUGGACUCUGCAUUAAUCAAUUUUGUCAAUGACAUGAGCCUGAUAGAGUUUCCGCAGAAAUUCACAUUGGGACCAAAGCAGCAGGGGGACAAUACCACACCCAGCCCGAGCAACCAGGGCGACUCGUCUUGGAGCCGGAGCCUGGAAAACGACGUGCGCACAGUGGAGCUCCGCACCGAGCUUCUGGCGAUGGGCCCGCAGAGGUACUAUAGCCGCGGGGCGCACGGUCACGCCACAUCCAGACGCAGGAGGAUCAUCACUGUGGUGCAGCGCCACGCGGCCAACGUGAGGGAGAGAAAGCGGAUGUUCAGCCUGAACGAGGCGUUUGACGAACUGAGGAGGAAAGUUCCCACAUUCGCGUACGAGAAGAGACUGUCCCGCAUCGAGACCCUGCGCCUCGCCAUCGUCUACAUCUCCUUCAUGACGGACCUACUGGAGAACAUAUGACACUCAACACGAUGUUAAGUCCACGCCACGGACACUGCACCAGUCCGGGGUUGCCACUGACUUCAACAGGGACACAAGUGAAUGGACUGACCGCUUCUAAACAUUCACUAUAUUCUCAAUCUUGUGCUGCAAGUUUAAGAAAAUACCUGAGACCUGUUUGACCUUUUGCAAAAUCAAUGUGAUCAUCAAGAAGAGUUAUCUG